CUUUACGCGGGAGUUUCAUUUUGUUUGACAUAGAGCUAGUAACGUGUUUAUUAAAAAAAAAAAUGGCGGCAAACGAAGGCACAGCGGUGGCUAAGAAGCCCAGCACAAAAACUCAUCCAACAUAUUUAGAAAUGGCAAAGGAAGCAAUAACUUCUUUGAGUGACAAGAAAGGAUCAACUGUUCCGUCAAUUCAGUCGUAUAUCGCUGGGAAAUACGCCAUUGACGGAGACACCGUGAGAAUACAUUUGAAACCAGCGCUAGCAAAAGGUUUGGAGAAUGGCACUUUGGCAAGACCGAAAAAUUCAGAUGCCAAAGGAUACACAGGAAGAUUUAAAGUCGAUAAAGCUAAGGCCACUAAUGAAGAAAAAGAAAAGGAAAAGAAAAAGAAACUGAAAGAAAAGGAAGCGAAAGAAAAGAAGACUGCUGCAAAGAAAACUGCAACAAAAACUGGUGAAAAAAAGACUGUUGCAAAAAAGCCUGGUGUAAAGAAGUCGCCUACUAAGGCAAAAGCUGGAGACAAAGCAAAGAAAGUUGUCAAGAAAACAGCGGGCAAGAAAACACCAACUAAACCAAAGAAAACACUUGUUGAAAAGAAACCAAAAGCAGCUAAGAGAUUGUCUUUUCAGGCAACACUGAAGACACCAAAGAAAACAACCAAAUCUUUGAAAGCAGCAAAGACAAAAACACCUGGAUCAGCUUCAGCCAGCAAGAGUAAAAAGUGAUUAGGACUUUAUAAUAAUGUGAAUUACAAUGCAAGACUGUGAUUUUCUAGUGCGUUAUUUAAUAGUGAGCCUUAUAGUAGCUAUAUGAUAUUGUAAAAAGUGCAUAAUUUAUAUUUAAUUUGAUUUUUUAAUCAAUAAGAACAGUUGAGAAUUAUGAACAAGUGAAAAUUACAUGUAAAUGCUUUCCGAAUUUUCUUUCAAGAUUACACGUAGACUGACUUCAUUGUAAAUAUCAUUUUGUUCUAAUGCUCAUAGAUUACAAUCAUGGUUUUCUGGGUUGUUUUUUUUCCACUAACUGAAUUUUUAAAUUUGUACGUAAUGUAGAAUUUUUAUGAACUAAUCAAUUCAUUACAUGUUUUAAAUAUUCAAUAAAUUGUUUUUAAAUAAAAAGAAA